AUGGAACCACCGGCGAAGCGCAUGCGCAUAUGGCAGUCUGUCGAAGUGGACGAGGAGAACGCCGAGUAUAUCAAGGCGAAGCAGAAACAACAACAGAAAUUCAAGGGCCGACUCGAAUCGAUAUUCGAGAAAUAUGGAAACAUGCACGAGUCAAUGAGCGACGAGAUUGACAUGGCAACUAACAGAGUAGUGGUGGAUAGAGGGCAUUUGCGGAGACUGAAGCGCCAGGUCGGUCGGAAGGAGACUAUGUUGUUGGACACUCUUGGUUUGGCCGUGGGGAAGGAAUCGAGAAAUGAGGGUGAAGAGGAGGAUGACGAGGAUUCGGAGGAUUCGGAAGAUGAAUUGGCACCUACGCAGCCGGUGAAGUCAAAAGAAACAGAGCCUGGACUGGACGGACAACAAACAAGCAUACCAGACGCGCAGUCCCUACGCAGCGAUAACAUUCCGUCAGUUCCACAACAUUCAAAUACCCCAGCGACUUCAACACCGCAAUUCAACACAAUGCAAUCCCCCAAUACGCCGAAUCCAAAUCCGACCCCGAACCUCCUACCGCUUGUUCAGUUUCCACAAACUCCUGCCGGACAGCAGGCGCAAGCUACAUUCUAUAUGACUUUGACACAGGGAAUUGGUGAAGUCAUCCAAAAAGCUAUGGCUCAAUCCGGUCUCCUGCCGCCCAACUUUUCUACUCCGUUCGCAAGCGCUGCUCCACCACCAACUACGCCAAUGAUCACCACAGACGAUAAGAUCGCACCCGCUACGGACCCAAAAUGGUUCUUCCCACCUCUCUCUGCUGUACCAAGACAGGACCCAGUAGCUCAAUCCAGCCCUCUUGCUGCUCACGUAGCAGCUCCUGCGGCUGGGCAAGCCGAUCAGCCAGUCGUUACUUCGUUACCACGUGAGCAUGAAGGAGGGCUAUUAGCAGAAUCGACCCCUAUGGUCGAAGAGGCUACUCUCUCAAUUUCUCACGCAAGGUUACAGGAGAGCUCACCCACUGCACAUCGCCGAACCAGUCCGCGCGUUGAGAUCCAAAGACGCCGAAUUCGUGCUACUAGAAAAUAUCAUUUCACACCAGAAGACGACGCAUAUAUAAGUAGAAGAAAAAUGGUGGAUCACUCAUCAUGGGUUGCUAUCAAGGAAAGCCAGGCGAAAUGGAAAGACUGGCCCGCAAGUGCAAUCAGCAGGCGGUGGGCUUUGAUUAAGGAUCAAAACCUGCAUCUGCAAACACCAGUUGUAGCCUGCUCGAUUAACGACGUUCAUGACACUGAAACUGAACUAGUUGAGCAAGUAGAGGCUCCUGUAAUGCAGUCUCACCAUCUGCCAACUCCCAGCUCAUCCGAGCACGAAGACGGCCACAUGGAAGCCACCGAACCAACACAAGCUUUCAAGGGAUUUCCCUCGAGCGCAUAUUAUGAUGACGACGAACGUGAACUAUUGUCUCUUGCUGGUUCGGAUGCAGAAGGAGAAGAAGAGGAAGAGAGAGAACAAGAAGGAGAAGGAGAAGGAGAAGACCAUGAAAUCCCCUGCGACGAACAAAUGCCAGACUCCCUAUCAGAAGACAGCAUAAUACCCUCUAUAGAAACGCCAACCAUGAUCGACGAAGACGACUUACAACGAGACCUACUCGAAAGCCUAGCCAUGCACGACGCCACCAUCACACCCCCACCCCAACCAUCAAUACAGAUAAAACCCGAACCAACAUCCCCAUCCACACUCACCACACAGCCAGAACCCGCACUCACUCGACGCUCCGAAACAAUCCCAGAUACCCCCACGGCCAACGAUGAUACCAACGACUCCACACCUCACCAACCACCUACAACCACAACCACAACUACAGCCCCGCCUCUAACCUGCCAAAUCUGCAACCGCACCUUCAAAAACCCCCAAACCCUCACCCGCCACCUCUCCAACCCCAGAAACACUCACACACACCCCGCCCCACCUCCACUCCGUAAACGCAGCAUAUCCAUCGACCUCAUAUCCUCCUCCAUCACCACCACUGCUCUCAAAAACAACAACGACGAGGAUGACGAUCUCCUCUCCCCAACAACCCCCCGCAUCAAACGCGAAUCCAGCACCUCCGACUCCCCAAGCUUCUUCGUCUCUGUGUUUCAAACGCCCAGAGUGGGGGAGGGGAAGAGGAGGAGGAGGAAAAGUAGUGGUUGUGGGACGUCUGGAAUGUUGUCUGUGGAGAGGAGUGAGAGGAGGGCGCAGGUGAAGCAGGUGAAGCAGUGGUGGAAGGGGACGCCGGUUGUGUCUGGGAAGGGAGGAAGGAGGAGUUUGGGGGGGUUGGUGAGUGGGAGGAAGAGGGGGUGGGUUGAGGAGAGUGAGGAGGAGAGGGAUGAGCUUUGUUUUUGA